AUGGGAUCAGACGGCGAUUCGGAUGCUGCUGCCGCUAUGGGCGGCGACCAUGCAGCAGGAGCAGCGGCAGCAAGUGCAACAAAGACGGGUGCCGCUGCCGCUACAACGCUGACACAGUUGGCUGCUGCGUGCGUCGAGAGCGAUGAGGAGGGGGAGAUUUCCGAUGAAGACGAAAGCGAGACUCUCGAGGAUGCAGAGCCUGAGGCAGCGGCGGCAGCAGCAGUUGCAACGGCAGCGGCGGCUGCAGCAGCAGGGCACAGCGGCAGCAAUAUCGUCGAUCUUUUGAACGCUCCUCUCACUCUGAAUGUUGCUGCGGCAGAAACUACUUUGCGGCAGACUUGCGGACCGGCUUUGGUGCACGUCGCAGCUUCCCCCUCUCUGGGGGGAGACGCACUGCAGAUUUCACUGACUUUCAGCAACAGUCUCGCGGCAGCGGCUGCAGCGGCAGCACUCAACGGCCGAAAGGCGUGUCAUAGGGUUCUUCGAGCUACCGUGUCGGAAGGUCCCUCCCGAUCUGCAGGCAGCAGUAGAGCGACGUGCAGAGGCCUCCUCCUCCCCCACACGACGUCGCCUGCUGCUGCGGCAGCUGCAGCUGCAGCAGCUACAGCAGCUACAGCUGCCACAGCUGCUACGGCAGCCGCUACGGCAGCUGCAGCUCAGGGGACCUUCAGAUCCCUCCCCUCACCGCUUCCAAGUCAGCAGAAACAGCCCCCCCCCCCACCUCCCACCGGUUCCGCGCUGCAAGGCAGCAUGAAAGCCGUCCUUCGACCGCGACAGCAGAGUGCUCGAGGCGGCUUAUUGCCAUCACCUGCAGCAGCAGCAGUAGGCGCAGUCGGAUCUGCAGGGAACCCCUCGGCUAUAGGUGCGCCUGCAAGGGUGUGCCUCACGCCAAGGCAGGGGGAGCCGUGGGGGCACUCACCAGCGACUCCUGCAGUGCCUGCAAGUGCUGCUGCUCCUGUAGAGCAGGAAGUCGGUGCAGCUGCUGCUGCUGUCGAUUUGCGGGGACGGCUGCAACGCGUCAGCCACUGGGCCGAGGGGCAGCCAAUCGAAACGCAAAUGGAAGACUUCAAACAGCUGCAUGCACGAUUUAGACACACAAUUCGAUACUUGCUACUGUCUAAUCUGCCUCCCCGACUGCAGCAGCAGGAGGCCCUUUUAGAGUGGCACCGCCAAGUGGUAGAGCAGCCCUUGGAGGUUCAUAUUGAGCUGAUUAAGCCUCAUCAGGCGAAGCAGCAAGAAGAGGAAGAGGGUCAAAGUGCUGCUGUGGAGGCAUCGGCGAAUUCCGAGUCGGGCACUGCUGAGGCGGCGGCAGCGAAGACGCAAGGGAAGGCCGCUGGAGAAGCGGCAGCAGGGGAGGCUGCAGAGAAGGAGGCAGCGGCAUCGCAAGCUGGCAGUCAGGAGGCGAGCGCUGUCGGCGACACAAACACUGAGGCUGAAAGCGCAAGCGUAGAAGAAGUUGUGGAGGCAGCAGCAGAACUGCAGCAGAAUUCCGACGGAGUUGUUGUAGAGCCUGCAGGACCGCGCAAGCCUAAUGCUGUGCUAUGGGUUGGAAACUGCAGAGACUUGCGACCUCAACAUCUGGCGGAAACACGCCGUCUUUUUGCGUCUUUCGGACCGCUGGACCGCUUUCAGUUUUUGCUGGAGAGAGGCUGCGGCUUCGUGCAUUAUUCGGAUACACGAGAUGCUGUCGAGGCACGAAAUCAUCUGCAUGGCUAUACCGUAGGAGGCGUUUCGCUGAAUGUUGACUUUUCUCCCUCGGGUCAGGCACUCUUCCAGACGAAGAAGGAGGCGCCUCAGAGGCCUCGAGAGGAGAGGCGCAGGGGGCCCCCUAUCUACGUGCAGCAGCAGCAGCCUCGAAGGGGGGCCUUUCACCCCGAGGAUUUGGAGGGCCCUUACGGGGGCCCCUACGGCCCUCUGGAGGGGAGGGAGCGGGAGCAGUGGCAUAGGCAGCCGUCAGAGGCCUCUCCCGCAGCGGCGAGGGAGAGACGCGAGGGUGGAAGCGGCAGCGGCGAAGGGAAUGCAGACACCUCCUAUCGUGGCGGCAGCUCCAACAAUGCAGCAACGAGUGACUUGCUCUCGCUUCUGCGGCAGCGACUGAUGAGUGGCUCUGGGGGGGGGAGCGCUCCUACGACCACGGGGGCCCCCAAGGAUGAAGGAGGGGGGGACGGCAAGCGGGGUGGCUCGACUGCAGCAGGAGGAGGGGCAGCGCUCGAGAAGGAAAGCGACGGAAAGGAUCCGCUGCUCAGCAGCAAACAUCGCGCCACACCUCGCAGCAGUCGGAGUCGCAGCGCUUCAAGGACGGAACGAAGGCUGCGCGGGGGGAGGCGACACAGAAUCCUCACCUUUUAUCAGUCCGCGGGGUUUUUGCGCCACUAA